GGACCUAACCAAACCUGGAUACAGCAGGCGAGAGUCACCACGGCCGCUUACGCGAGUGUCCCUUCUAUUGGCGUUAGCUUUACUAUCCUAUGUUGUAGUUGACGGCCGUUGUACCCAAAUUCAUUCCAGUAGAAUGGCAGACUCAGGUGAAGUUGAAGAUUCUAUUUCUGCUAAUGAUAAUCUUACAAUGAACUCAAGUCCUGAUGACAAGUUUCCAGCAUGGAAUGAUCCAGUUGUCAACGGCAUUUCAAAUGGAUUCUCUGAUAAGCCGAAGGAAACAUCUGAGGUGAAUGGUGAUUCACAUGACAACAAAGAUAAAGAAAGGUCUAGAGAUAAAAAUAAGCACAGUAGCUGUUCAUCAAGCAAACAUCGAGAUCAUAGUCAAAGUAGCAGUAGUCACAAAAGUAAAAGCAAGGAUAAGGAUCGGGACAAAGAUAGAUACAGGGAGAAAGAUCGAGACAAAGAUAAGGAGCACAAAAGCAGUUCCUCAUCUGGCAAAGAAAAAGAAAAAAGCAGCUCUAGUUCUAACAGCAAGCACCACAAUAGUUCAAGCUCAUCAAGCAAAGACAAGCACAAAUCGAGCUCAAGUUCUGGUGAUAAGUCGAAGCACAGUUCGUCGAGUAGUGAUAAACAUCGCUCAAGCAAACAUAGCAGCUCCUCUGACAAAAAGCACUCUUCAAGCAGUUUUAGCAGCAAGGAUAAAGAGAAGAGCAAAGAUGACAAGGAUAAAGAGAGAUCCAAGGACAAAGAGAGAAGUCGUGACAAAGACAAGGAAAGAGUUAGUGACAGAGACAAAGAAAGGAGCAAGGAAAAGGAGAAGAGCAGAGAUAAGGAUAAAGAAAGAAGUAGAGACAAGGAAAGAGAAAAAAGUAGAGAUAAGGACAAAGAUAGGAAUAAGGACAAGCAUAAAGAUAGGUCAAGAGACAAAGAGAGAUCGAAAGAAGAUCACAGGGAGAAGCGUAGAGAUGAUGAUAAAAUGAAGCUGUACAACGGUGAAAAAGAGAACCGCAGAAGUGAUGAAGGCACAUUAAAAACUGCGGAGAAUACGAAGGUAAAAGUCAAGGAAGAGCUACAGCCUGAACCCCUUAAACGAGUUUAUAUCGAUGAUGACGAUGACGAUGAAAAUUUCCAACCUGCAGCAAAGAAAGAAUUUAAGCAAGAAAUGUUCUCAAAUGAUGAAGAUGAGGAGGAAGAAGCUGCCUCUAAAACAGAAGAAAGUGAGAGAGAAGACAUUAAAAUCCCACUGAAAGAAGUCAUCAAGUCCGAAGCAUCUGAAACAGAAGAUAGUUGUCUUAAUUUUGAUGAUAAUUGUAAGAAGGAUGUGAAGAAAGAAGAUGCAGAUGAAGAGUCAGAGGAUGACAAACCCUUGUCAGAAAGAGCACCUUUUGCAAACAAGAGGAAAGUUGAAGAUGAUGAUGAGUUGUCAGAGGAAGAUGUGCCACUGAGUAUACGGAAAAAAGUAAAAAAGGAGCCAACAAAGAAGAGGAAAAAAGCUGGAAACAACUCUGAAGAAGAAGAUUUUAAAUCUGCAAAGAAGAAGCCUGUCAAGAAAGAAAAGAAUAUUAAGAAAGAAACGCCUAGUCCCCAAAAAGGAGGCAGGAAAAAGAAAGAGGAAGAGGAAACCGAAGUUUGGAAAUGGUGGGAGGAGGAAAAGAAACCUGAGGGCGUGAAAUGGAGUUUCCUGGAACACAAAGGUCCCAUUUUUGCGCCUCCCUAUGAACGCUUGCCUAAAGAUGUGAAGUUUUACUAUGACGGUGAGCCAAUGGAAUUGUCCCAAGAUGCAGAAGAAGUGGCAACCUUUUAUGCUAGAAUGAUUGAGCAUGAAUAUACCACAAUGGAAGCUUUCAAUAAGAAUUUCUUCAAAGACUGGCAAAGUGUCAUGACGCACGAAGAAAAGAACACCAUCACUAAUCUAAAAAAAUGUGAUUUUACAAGGAUACAUAGGUACUUUCAACAGAAGUCAGAAGAACGCAAAGCAAUGAGCAAAGAAGAAAAGAAGGCUAUCAAGGAGGAGAAUGAAGCUCUUCAGAAAGAGUAUGGUUUCUGUACCAUCGAUGGCCAUAAAGAAAAGAUAGGAAAUUUCAAAAUUGAACCUCCCGGAUUAUUCCGUGGCAGAGGUCAACACCCAAAAAUGGGUAAACUGAAAUUGAGGGUACAGCCUGAGGACGUGCUAAUCAAUUGCAGCAAAGACUCCAAAUUCCCUAAACCGCCAGAGGGACACAAAUGGAAGGAAAUUAGACAUGAUAAUACUGUUACAUGGCUUGCCAGCUGGACCGAAAAUGUGCAAGGUCAAGUGAAGUAUGUGAUGCUAAAUCCCUCUUCAAAGCUGAAGGGGGAAAAAGAUUGGCAGAAGUAUGAAACUGCUCGAAAAUUAGCAAAAUCAGUGGAGGGAAUCAGGGAGCAAUAUAUUGCCGAUUGGAAAUCCAAAGAAAUGAGGAUACGGCAAAGAGCUGUUGCCCUUUAUUUCAUUGAUAAAUUGGCGUUGAGAGCUGGUAAUGAAAAAGAUGAAGAUCAAGCUGACACAGUAGGUUGUUGCUCUUUACGUGUCGAGCACAUCAAACUGCAUGAAACAUAUGGAGAGGACAAGUAUGUUGUGGAAUUUGACUUCCCUGGUAAAGAUUCCAUUAGGUAUCACAAUUUUGUGCCUGUUGAGAAGAAGGUGUUCCGAAAUUUGCAACUCUUCGUAGAAAACAAGAAAAAAGGAGAUGAUCUGUUUGAUCGUCUAAAUAUUUUACAAUACAACAGAGCCAACCGAGCCGUAGCAAUUCUGUGCAACCAUCAGCGUUCUGUUCCUAAAAGUCAUGAUAAGUCGAUGGGUAAUUUAGAAGAAAAAAUCGAGAAAAAGAAGGAACAGGUAGCAGAAGCGGAGAAACAGGUCAAGGAAGCCAAACGAGAGGCCAAAGGAGGAAGUGCGCAUGGAAAGAUGAAUCUGGAGAAAAAAACCAAAUGUCUGCACAGAUUGAAAGAACAGCUGGUGAAAUUGGAAGUCCAAAGAACAGACAAAGAUGAAAACAAAACUAUUGCUCUAGGAACAUCCAAGUUGAAUUAUCUUGACCCAAGGAUUUCCGUUGCCUGGUGCAAAAAGUAUGAUGUUCCAAUAGACAAAAUUUACAAUAAAACCCAAAGAGACAAAUUUCGCUGGGCAAUCGACAUGGCUGGGCCUGAUUAUGUUUUUUAAAUCAUAUUGGUAUAGUAAUUUUUUCCUCUAAUGAAAUGAUUUUAAUAAAAUAAUAAUGUGUGAUGUAUAUACAUUCUUGUAUGUACAUAAGAGUAGUUGUGCAUUCAAACUGUAUCUGUAUGUUUGCGUAUGUUAACUUCAAGAUUGUAAAAAAUUUAAAUUAAGCUAUAGAGAUUUUGUGAUUUUCUUAAAUUUUCUAAGACAUUUUGACCUUAAGAGCUUUGAGCUGAGUAUUAUUUUACUUGGAUGCUUUGGAUUCAUUCCUAAAUCUAUCUAUUCUCAUCAUCGAAUAUUUAUGUGUUACGACCGAACCAUUUAAGUGUGCACAUGGUGUUGUUAAUGCCUUUCUAAAGCAUAAUUUGCUCCAUAAGAAUGUUUGAAGAGAACUUUUAUUUAUCAAAAAGUAGAUUAAUUUAUUUUUAACUAUUUUGUAACCUUGUACUUUUUUAGACUAGUAGCUGCGUAAAUUACUUUCGUUUCCUGUGCUUUUUGUAUUUGAUGAUACUUGCAGUAUCUCAUAAAUGCUAAGUGGCAUGAUGGUGAAUCAGAGAAUCAUAAUUUGGUGAUUGUAUUAAGUUGUUCCAGUGCCAAUCAACACUGGAAUUUAUUGUAACUACUGUAUGAUCUCCUAAUUAAAUUUUAUUAACCAACCAUGAAAGAAGA